UUCACUCAGAACCACGGUGUGGACGACAGGAGCUCACAGGUGGCGCUGCUGCGAGCUCAUGCCGGAGAACAUCUCCUGCUCGGUGCUGCAAAGAGGUCCAUGCUAUACAAAGAUAUCCUCCUAUUAGGAAAUGACCACAUCGUUCCCAGAAACUGUCCGGAGCUGGAGGUGGGCAGGGUAUCAGUGAGGAUCCUGGACGAGCUCGUGCUUCCGUUCCAGGAGCUCCAGAUAGACGACAACGAGUACGCCUGCUUGAAGGCCAUAGUUUUCUUUGACCCAGAUGCCAAAGGUCUGAGUGACCCUGGAAAAAUCAAGCGGAUGCGAUACCAGGUCCAGGUUAGCCUGGAGGACUACAUCAACGACCGGCAGUACGACUCCCGAGGCCGCUUCGGGGAGCUGCUCCUGCUGCUGCCGACACUACAGAGCAUCACCUGGCAAAUGAUCGAACAGAUCCAGUUUGUCAAACUCUUCGGCAUGGCCAAGAUCGACAACCUGCUGCAAGAGAUGCUCCUCGGAGGCUCUGCCAGUGAAGCUCCACAUGCACCUCACUGUCUGCACCCUCAUCUGGUCCAAGAGCACCUCAGCAGCAACGUCAUAGUGACCGGCAACAUACCGACGCCCAUCCACAAUGGUCAAAUCUCCACUCCUGAAACCCCGAUCCCGUCUCCGCCUACUGCCUCCAGCUCAGAACAUUAUAAAAUGGCUCAGGGGGUCAUAGCCACUGCGCCGAAGCAGCCAACCUCAAUCCCUCAGCCCACCAUUACAAAACAAGAGGCCAUCUAACAACCCUCUGAAUUCUUAUCCCACCAGUUUUUAUAUUGUGUUAGAUCAUUAAAUGUAAGUUUAUACACAAUCAGCAUCGAAGCUGUUAACUUGACUGAAACAAUGAGGUAGCUACACAAACAGAAUGUAAUUGCAAUUAUGUCCCUUGCAGAUUAUGAGUCUUCAGGGAUCUAUUUGUUCUCACAUGCAGGUGCCGAGGAGCUGCACUGACAGCCACACAAAACCAUCAGCAUUGAAACCGUCGGUCUGUGAGAUCGACACUUAGAGACACACGAUGUUGUACAUAGAGUUUGUUCUUGGGUGACAUCACAUCAUUUAGCAUGGCCUCAGUGUGCAGAAAGGAUUUUGUUAGGCGUGGUGAUGCGAUCACGUCACUACUUUAAGAAUGUUACAACUGGCCUUACACUGGCAUGUAUUUAGUGUUGCACAGUAUUUUUAUUUUAUGUUCGUUGGUGGUAAAAUGUUUUCACACGUGAGCUCAGAAAGCGUAACGUGCUGGUCUCUUAAAGAUUCUGUGACAAGGCUAAAAUGUACGUGGUUGGUUUUAUACGCCAGAAAAUGCAUAUUUACAAAAGUAAAACAUGUUGAAAUUCUCUGUGGUGCCACUUUGUGAAAGUCACACACAGACACACUGAGGACGUUUCCCAAUGAUGUGUUGUAUUGGUUUUUAAAAUAUAUAUUAUAUUUUUUGUUUAGUACUUUGUCAUGGUUUAACUGAUGGAAAUAAUUGUGCCUUGUAACCUGUACUGCCUUUUAAAAACAGGCAAUGUUUCGCCUUACAAUGUGAACAUGAAAUAAUAAAUCUCAAGAUCUAUUUUUACA